UAGCAAAACUCUCAAUUCUUCAGCGAAAUAACGCUUUUCUGGGGAAUGCAAAAAAGCCCUUUUGGGCCUCCGUAGUUUCUGAAGCUGGUGAAAGAGAAACCGAGAGUGCAGUUCACUUUUGGCGAGGAGUCGCUACCGGGGCUAGUUGUCACACCUUUUUACAUUAGUUCAUCCGAAGCAAAACCAGUGAGAUGCUGUAUUUAUUUAUUUAUAUAGAAAGUUAUGUCGGUAUUCAGAAGCUCACAUGUCUAUCCUUAGACGUGAAGGUGAAAAAUAGGACGUUUCUUUGGAUUAUUUCUCAGAAUGACACAAUGUAAAUCUGUUUAUCAACCUUUGCCUAGAUUUAAACAAAAAAUGUCAACUUUAAGUCAUGAAAUAACAAUAAAAGCUAACAAAUAUAAAGGGGACGAUUAGCAAGUCCCCGUAUGGUAAUGUUAGUUAAUACAAUAAGUAACAAUGAGCAGUACAUUUGUUAUGUUAUAUACAGUAUAUGACAUUUUUACUUGUGCGUUGAGCUAGAACAAAAUUUGAUCAUACUGAAUAGAGUUCGUAUAGUAUAGUUUUUAAAAUAAAGCAUAGGAAUUAACCGAGAUACAGUACUUAGCCCCCACCUCCCUUAUAAAAUGUUGUACGGUUGCCAUACUAAAAGUACCUUGCUAUUUAAACACCCAAAUCAAAAUAUGGUUCUUUCAGUAGUUGUGGUACUUUAUUGUUAGUGUGGUGUCUCUCCUGUGGUUCAGGCAGCCUGUAUCUCAGUAGCAGGCCGCUUCAGUCCAUCUGUCUCAUCUGUGAGCAGCCAAUGCACACACUUGCACUCCAACGGUGUUAUUAGCCCUACCCACUAUAUUUAACUGGAUGUAUUAUUAAGUCAUACCCAGAUUUUCAUGACGUUACAUUGAGGAGGGUGAAAUGAGAUCAUCUGUGUUUCUCCAAAAUCCUCCUAUCUUUGAGUUAAGUUGCAGGAUUUCCCACAGAGGAUGAACCAAGAGCUCUUGCAGGAUGCAGAGAGAGCGUUGAGGAGGAAGAUAAGAGAGAAAUAGACCCAAAGCAAGUCUAGGGCUGAAGAUCUGUGGAGAGAGAGAAGGAAAGAGGAGCUAUGUGGCACAUUAGUUGUUCGCUAAACCCCAAAGUGCUCCCGGAUGGGCUCCCUGCACGGACGACCAUGAAGAAAGGACUGGCUGGAGGAGUCAAAGGGAAGAGGAAGAUGUUCUCGUUUUCUUUACGAUGCCGGUUUGGAGUGAUCAGAGGACGGGUUAAAGAAGAUGUCCCGUACACGAAGGGAAGCAAGGAUGCUGCAAGUGACAGCAGCGGCCUCAACAAAAGGAGCAGCUUAGCUGACGAGCAGAGAGGUGUGACGACGGUGGAACUGAUUAAAAAAGAGGGCACCAGUCUCGGACUCACAAUCUCCGGAGGUUGUGACAAGGAUGGCAAGCCAAGAGUGUCAAACCUGAGACCAGGAGGUCUCGCGAUCCGGAGCGACCAGCUCAAUGUCGGGGACUAUAUAAAAUCAGUGAACGGGAUAAACCUGUCCAAACUCAGACAUGAUGAGAUCAUCAGCAUGCUAAAGAACAUCGGAGAGCGUGUGGUGCUGGAGGUGGAGUAUGAGCUGCCUCCAUUCGCUCCCAGCAAUCCCUGCAGCGUCAUCUCUAAAACUAUCGAAGUGUGCUUGGAAAAGGAAGGGAACAGCUUCGGCUUCGUUCUGAGAGGGGGCUUUCAUGAAGACUGGCAUAAGGCUCGACCUCUAGUAGUGACCUACGUCAGGCCUGGCGGACCCGCAGACAGAGAGGGAACCCUGCGAGCGGGCGACCGUGUGUUGAGCGUGAACGGUGUUGCUGUGAACAGACAGAAACAUGCUGACGCUCUGACCCUGAUCAUGCAGAGCAGCCAGGAGGCUUUCUUCCUCAUCGAGUACGACAUCAUGGUCAUGGACUCGGUCCAGAAAUCGUCUGGGCCGCUGCAGGUGGACAUCGCCCGCUCCGCAGGUUCAGUGCUGGGACUCAGUCUCACUACCUCCCUCUACAGAAACAAACAGGUCAUUACAGUCCAGAAAAUCAAGCCAGCUAGUGUUGCAGACAGAUGUGGUGCUUUGCAUGUGGGAGAUAUUCUCCUGGCUAUAGAUGGCAUGAGCACAGAGCAUUGCUCUCUGAUGGAGGCUCAGCAGCUCCUGUCCAGCUCCUCAGAGCUCACCAAACUAGAGAUCCUGCCCUCUCAACACUGCUCACAUGACACAGUACGUGUCCAGAGGAGUACUCAGCGUCAGUGGGACUCUAGUGAGAACUACAGCUGCGCUCCUCCACCUUUCCAAAAAACACCCUCGGCCUGGAGUCACACCACCCCUACACCCUCACACCGAUCUGUGACGUCUGGCAUCUCUGCAAACACAUCAGGCUUUCACAGUUACAACUGCGGCACCCAGUCGGCGUACCCCAACACCUAUCCCAGCAGCACCCUGCCCUCCUACCCAUCCAGCCCCCGCUGCACCGUCACCAAGAGGAGACAAAGGAGAAGAGACCACAAGAGCUCCUUGUCUCUGGCGUCGAGUACGGUGGGCGCCGGUGGUCAGGUGGUGCAUAUAGAGACCAGCGAGGUGGUUCUGAGAGGAGAUCCUCUUACUGGGUUUGGCCUGCAGUUACAGGGAGGAGUGUUUGCUACUGAGCCGCUGUCAGCGCCUGCCUGUGUCCGCUUUAUAGAGCCUGACACACCUGCUGAAAGGUGUGGGGUGUUACAAGUUGGAGACCGAAUUCUUUCUAUUAAUGGAAUUCCCACCGAAGAAGGAACACUGGAGGAGGCCAAUCAGCUGCUUCGAGAUGCAGCGCUGGCCAAUAAAAUCACACUGGAGGUGGAGUUUGAUGUAGCAGAAUCAGUCAUCCCCAGCAGCGGCACAUUUCAGGUUAAAUUGCCCAAGAGACGUGGAGUGGAGCUGGGCAUCACGAUCAGUGCGAGCAAGAAGCCAGGAAAACCCUUGAUAAUCUCUGAGAUACAGAGAGGGAGCAUUGCACACAGAAUAGGAACCCUGGAGCCAGGUGAUCGUCUGCUGGCUAUUGAUAAUGUUCGGCUGGAUAACUGCGGGAUGGAAGAAGCCAUGAUGGUCCUCCAGCAGGCCGAGGGAAUGGUCAAACUGAGGAUUCAGAAAGAUGAAGACAACCUGGAUGAAUUGGAGUCGUCUGGUUCAGUCAUAUUCACGGUAGAGCUCAAGAGACACGGAGGUCCUCUUGGAAUCACAAUUUCAGGCACUGAAGAGCCCUUCAAUCCCAUCCUGAUCUCCAGCCUGACCCGCAACGGCCUCGCACACAGGACUGGUGCUCUUCAUAUCGGUGACCGUGUUUUGGCCAUCAAUAACAUGAGUCUCAAAGGAAAACCUCUGAGCGAGGCCAUCCAUCUGCUGCAGACCGCUGGAGACACGGUUACACUGAAGAUCAAGAAGCGAUCCGAACCACUUUUGGAGUCGGACAGGGGCAGCCCGUCCAGGACGGCUUCGUGCGUGAGCGACAUGGAAGACGAUCGCUCGGAUUCUCUCAGGAGAGGAAAAUACUCUGAACUUCAUCGCCUGACCACACCGCCCAGUCUGGAUUCAGCCAUGGACUCGUGGGAUAGUUCGGCCCUAGAUGCUGGAUAUGGAAGUCAAGGUGUCUAUAUUCAUAGGGCGUCUGAUUUCACUCUUCAUCCCAAUGACUGGAGACAGACCAAUCACAGGAGCCCCCUGAUCUCCAGAAGACACGCCCACCAUCCUGCAAUGUAUGAUGGGAGGCUGGGCGAGGAGGACUGGACAUACUCUGGAGAUACUAGACAGGAACUAGAAGGUUAAAGAAGCAUAACAGCUGAUUUCGUUAUGAGAAGGACACUUGUGCGUAAGAACAUUUCAGCUUGUUUGCUUGCUAUCACUCAAUCAUGUGGCUGUUAUUCUUUCUCUGAGUCGGCCAGUUAUUAUUUUCCAUGUAUGUGCACUUUGAAAGGAAGCAUGCAGGUGAAUCUGCUCAGGUCAUAUUUCAAAGAUACAUGAUUUGAAGACCUUAUGGUGUUAUUUCUUGUACUAUACAAUUAAGGCUGAAACAAAAAAAAAUAAAAACUUGUUCUAUGCAAAAUAUAAUUUAGCAAUUUGUUGUGAACUGUGACCUAAGCAUGUUGUCAUAUUGACAUAAUUUUUGGUUAUUUUAUUGUCCUAACAAAUUAUGUACACUACCAUUCAGUAGUUUGGGGUUGGUGAGAUUUUCUAAUGAAACUCUAGUGUAUUUGAAUAUAUUUUAAAAUGUAAUUUAUUCUUUAGAUGGUUACCAGUCUUCAGUGUCACAUGAUCCUUCAGAAAUCGAUCUAAUGUGCUGAUUUGCUGCUCAAGAAACGUUUCUUUUUAUUACCAAUUUUUAAAACAAUUGUGCUUCACAUUAUUAUUAUUAUUAUUAUUAUUAUUUUUUUUUAAUUUCAGGAUUCUGUGAAGCUCAAAAGCGCAGUGUUUAGUUGUAAGAUUAUAAAUGAUCGAUUUCAUUUGUGCUUGUAUAAUAAUAAUAAUAAUAAUAAUAAUAAUAAAAUUACUGACCCCAAAUUUUUGAAUGCUAGUUUCUAUUCAUAUGUAUAUAAAUGUUUUUAGAUUAAUUAAACAUUAUAUAACUAAAGUAACUAAAAGUGACUAAAGCAAGAUCAAGUAGUAAAAAAUGCAAUUAAAUGAGAAUGUACUGUAAUUUCACAUGAAUUUUUUUUUUUUUUUACAGUGGUAGAGUCAUCCAUAUAAAUUGUAUGUAAUUUUGUUGAUUUCAGUGGAAAGUCAAUGGCUUUUUUUUGUAUGUUUUUGGUGUACACACUUUCUGUAGCAGUUUUGGUUUCUGUGGCUAAACACCUGUCAAAGAUGCUCAGUCUAGCCCAGAAACCGUUAGCCAGUCUCUGUAUGUUUUCCUACUCUUCUCUUUUCUAUUUUUUCUCAGGUUUUCUGUCUCUCGUCUGCCUUACUAAUCAUCCGUGGGCCGCUUGCUGCCAUCCGCCCUUGUCUGCUUUUUUUUUUUUAAUCGCUCAUUUUUAUCAUUUUGUUCUUUUAUCGCUCAGAACUAGUUCAUGGCCUCUUCAGACACAUCUGUGUGUUUCUCUUUCUUUAAACCGCUGGCUAAUAGCUGAGAAGGAUCUUGUACAGUGACUUUCAAUCAUGCCAUACAGUACAGUUAUAUAAAGAGAGAGAGAGAGAGAGAGCUCCGUUUCCAGUGGUACACCUGGCCUCACAUUACCCAGGUUGCUUUGCGUUGACACAGAUCUGUCAGUCCCGCACGCUGUCACAACCACAACAAUACAGACGCUCAGGAGAACUAUUGGUCACAAGCUCUUCAGGACCUAGAGACCUGCGGCCAAUCAGAAAUCCUGCGGGAACUUGAG